UUGUCGAAAUUUUAUUGACAAAGCCAGACACUUGAGGCUGGGUAAAGGAUGUGGGGAAGCACUUAGUGAUUACUUUAAGAGGAUGAGAAAGAUGAAUGAUGGAUUUAUUUCGGUGAUGGAUGUGGAAGAUGAGUUAUGACUCAGAAAUGUGUUCUGGGCUGACGCACGUAGUCUAGCCGCAUACGAGUAUUUCAGAGAUGUGAUCACCUUUGAGACGACGUACCUAACAAAUAGGUACGGUAUGGAUUUUGCUCUGUUUGUUGGGGUAAACCAUCAUGGGCAAUCUAUACUGUUAGGGGCUGGCUUGAUUUCAAACGAUGAUAUAAGUACUUUUGUGUGGUUGUUCGAGUAUGGUUGGACUGCAUGAAUGGUCAGGCUCCAAAAGCAAUCAUAACAGACCAAGAUCGGGCAAUGAAGAAUGCCAUUGCAAUUGUAUUCCCAGAAACUCGCCAUAGAUAUUGUCUAUGGCAUAUCAUGCAGAGACUGCUCGAAAAAUUGGGAUCCCACUCCCAAUUCAAUGCAGGAUUGAAGACUGUCAUUCAGAGUGUCGUAUAUGAUUCGCAUACCUGUACAGAAUUUGAUGCCAAGUGGGGGGGACUAAUUCAGAAAUUUGACCUUGGUGAUAAUGCGUGGCUGUAAGGGUUGUAUACCGAGAAAUCAUAUUGGGUACCAGCUUACUUGGUAUUUUGGGCUGGUAUGAGCACUACACAGCGGUCUGAAAGCAUGAAUAUUUUUUUCGACAUAUAUGUGCAUUCAGGUACAACGUUGAAAGAAUUUGUCGAUCAAUUUGAUAAUACUCUGAAGAAGAAGGUGGAAGUGGAGACGGCAGCUGAUUUCAAUUCGUGCAACCAAACCAUCCCAUGUGUAUCUCCAUUCCACAUUGAGAAGCAAUUUCAAGCAGUGUAUACAAAUGCCAAGUUUAAAAAAGUCCAAAGGGAGGUGUGGGGGAUGAUUUGUUGUAAUUGCAUACUUGGCACUACACAGGGUUGUAUUUCCACCUUCAAUGUAUUAGAUGAAAUUUCCACGGAUGACUAUGUCAAAACCGUCCAGUACAUAGUUUACUAUAACGAGAAGGAAUGUGAUAUCAAAUGCACGUGUGCACUAUUUGAGAUAAUGGGCAUUAUUUGUAGGCAUGUCUUUAAAGUUUGUCAAAUGAAGAAGAUUCACAUGUUGCUAGAGAGGUACGUCUUGGAUCGGUGGAGGAAAGAUUUAAAGAGGAAAUACACACUUGUCAAAAGUAGCUAUGAUGACUUGCGGGAUAAUGCGGACUCACAAAGGUAUGAACUUGUGAUUAAAAGAUGUCUCAAAUUAGCGACGCGUGUAUCCCCAAGUGAUGACCAUGUCAAUGCAUUCAUGCGAUUUUUGGAUGAGUUUAAACAUAAUUUUAAAGGAUUACUACUUAAGUCCGGUUCAACCAAGGUCAAUGAGAGCGACGUCGUGGAUAAAUGUAAGAAAAUAUUAAGUCCUAACGUUGUUCGAAGGAAAUGGAGACCCCCAACGAAGAGAAAGGUUCCACCUUUGGAGAAGGUCGCAACCAAGAAAAAGAAGAAACAGACUUGCAGAAAAAUAUUUGAUGGCGAACAAGUUGGAGUUGCUGAGGUCUCGGCCCCCCAAGUUGGUGCUAAUGUUGAAGAUGUUGUUGUUAAAACCCAAUAUAGUACUGUCACACAACAAACACCAUCGGACAAUUAUGAGAAUUUGUGAAUCAUUGUUUAUGGGUUUCUUGAAGUAUUUUGGAAAAA